AGAUCAUGACGUACCAAUGCGCAAACAAUUAGUAAAUUGAAAGUGGAUCAAAAUAUCGUCACGUCCUGUGACGUCAAACUUUAUCUUUUGUUUCUGAAUUCGGAUGUCGGGUUCAAAGAAGAAGCCGCAGUGUGUAGGAAUGCUAUGCAGCGAUAAGCAGCUCUGUUGUAGAUAGGCACAUCGAGACCCCAGCAUUAAAACUGAGCAUGUUUUGUUCAAUAUUUGAGUGGUUGACCUCUGCGGGCAUCAUUACAAGUUUAAUCGGGACUUUUACUUUUGUUGUACUCGUAUAUUAUUACUGGUGGAAGCCGCCACAUCCAAGAUACCCACCGGGGGUUAGAGGGGUACCCAUUUUGGGGGCGAUACCUUUAUUAUCCCCUUUUCCACACCGAGUGUUGUUAAAUUGGUCAAAGAAAUAUGGAGCCAUCUUUUCCGCAAGAUUUGGCCGAUCCGAUGCAGUUGUUCUCAAUGAUUAUACUUCCGUUUACCAGGCUUUUGUCGAAAACUAUGUAAGUUUCCAAUCUCGACCUGACGUACAGGUAGUGAAUGAGUAUACGUCUGGAUUUGGGUUCGCAUUCUCUAAAGGUCAAUAUUGCCUUGAUGUUAAAAAGUUUAGCGCACAAGCAAUAAGAAGCAUUGGAAUCGUGCAGAUUGAGAAAUGGGUGCAAGAGGUGGCUGAAGGAACUGUGAAACAACUGGGCGAAUUCGAGGGCAAUGCUAUUGAUGUUAAGACAUGCAUUGGACGAAAGGUGGCUGACGUCAUGACCAUGCUUUUGUUUGGGAGAUUCUUUGGGACAAAAGACCAACAUUAUGAACAAUUUCUUAAAGAUUGCUUUGAUAACGUCACAGAUCCGGCAAUCUACUCUCAAGUAAAUGCAUUGAUGUUCGUACCAUUAUUACGUCACAUACCAUGGUUCGGGAAUGCGUUGUCAGUUCAUCAGAACAUUCACUUCAGAUUAAAAGAUUUUUGCCGGAAAGAAAUUGAAGAACAUAAGAAGACUCUUAAUGUGAAUGAACCCCGAGAUUAUGUUGAUGCUUUUCUUAUUGAGAUGAGAAAUCAUUCUCCUCGUGAUUCUUGGUUUCAUGAUUUCUUCGAAAGGAAUUCCAACGGGAGUCGGAUAACUUAA